UUUUUUCUUCCCUCCUACGUACAGCGUAUAUAAAAGAGCCCCGAUUUCUCCCUGUGCCAGCUCUCAGGCUUUGCCAUCCCAGAUAACGGCAGGCAUGGGACUCCCCAGAGAAAUAGGAUGGGAAGGUGGGAGGUAAAGAGAGGCUUCCAAGUGACUUUUUCCUGUCUGGCUGCACUCGGUCACGGAGAUCUCGGAGACUGAGGAAGUGCCACCUGCCUCCCGCUGUUGCUGCCGCCGCCGCCGCCGCUCCUCUCCGGGCUGUAGCUCGCCCUCCCGUUAAUCAGACUAGAGCGUUGUCGCAGCCUCCCUCACCCACACUUCCCUCGCAAGUGCCCGUCUCCCCUGAGAGGUGUCUCUCAUGUCUGCCUCUUUCUCCUCCCCUUUCCACUGAUCUCCGUGCAAUUCUCGUCAGCUCUGGACAUCUCUCCCUCUCUCUCUUUCUCCCUUCCCUGCUGGGUGUCUCUACCUCCUCUUGGCUCUAUCCAUCCAUCCUCCCUCUCUCUCUGCACGGGUGUGUGCGCGCAUCUCUCUCCUCCCGGCGGCUGACACCCCUCGCCCUACAAGCGCAGCGCUGCCCGGAGGAGCCGCCGCCGCCGCCGCUGCCGGGAGCGGGGCCGCCCCGCGAUCCCGCCACCGCCGCCGCCUGGCCCUGCUUGGCCGCCGUGAGUCCCGCCUCAGCCCGCGCCCGUCCCCCGCCCGCCGCGGCACCAUGUCCGGCUCCAGCAGGAAAGACUUCGACGUGAAGCACAUCCUGCGCCUCCGCUGGAAACUGUUCAGCCACCCCUCGCCGGCGGGAGGCCCGGCGGGGGGCGGCUGCCUGCCGCCCGACAGCAGCUUCGAGCACUGGGGACCGAGCCAGAGCCGCCUGCUGAAGAGCCAGGAGAGAGGCAACGGCGUCUUCUGGAAGAAAUCCGCCUCCUCCUCCUCGGCGGCCACCACGGCCAGCCCGCCCAACGGGACUCUGCUGCCCGCCGGCGGCCGGCCGGCCACGGGGCACGGGCCGGGACCGCCACCGCCUCGCACCGUCUUCUACGUGGAGUCCCUGGAGGAGGAGGAGGCGGAGGCGGUGCCCGGCGGGAUGGAGGUGGCCUGCGAGCCCGAGAAGCCCCUGGCGCCGCCGGAGCGCGAGGAGGCACCGGGGGGCUGCGCGGAUGGAGGCGGCCGAGCAACAGGUGACGGAUGCGGACACAGACUGUCAGGAGCCAGCCACUCCUUGCCACCCCACUGUGACAUGGAUUCGUGUAGCUCCGAGGAAUUCUACCAGGCUGUUCACCAUGCAGAGCAAACCUUCAGAAAGAUGGAGAGCUACUUGAAGCAACAGCAGCUCUGUGACGUUAUCCUGAUUGCUGGGGACCGCAAGAUACCUGCGCAUAGACUUGUCCUCAGUUCUGUCUCUGACUAUUUUGCUGCCAUGUUUACAAGUGAUGUUUGUGAAGCCAAGCAAGAAGAGAUCAAAAUGGAAGGCAUAGACCCCAAUGCACUGUGGGAUCUUGUUCAGUUUGCAUAUACAGGCUGCCUGGAACUGAAAGAAGAUACCAUUGAAAAUCUUCUAGCAGCUGCCUGCCUCCUCCAGCUUCCUCAGGUAGUAGAAGUUUGCUGCCAUUUUCUAAUGAAGCUUUUGCACCCAUCCAACUGUUUGGGAAUACGAGCAUUUGCUGAUGCACAAGGAUGCACAGAGCUUAUGAAGGUGGCUCACAACUACACCAUGGAGAAUAUAAUGGAAGUUAUAAGAAAUCAAGAAUUUUUACUUCUACCAGCUGAAGAGCUGCAUAAACUUCUCGCUAGUGAUGAUGUGAAUGUUCCUGAUGAAGAGACCAUUUUCCAUGCCUUAAUGAUGUGGGUGAAGUAUGAUAUGCAGAGGCGAUGCAACGACCUAAGUAUGCUACUUGCUUAUAUCAGAUUACCACUCCUUCCACCUCAGAUAUUGGCAGACCUGGAAAACCAUGUGCUUUUUAAGGAUGACCUGGAAUGUCAGAAGCUUAUUCUGGAAGCCAUGAAAUAUCAUCUUUUACCAGAGAGAAGAACUCUCAUGCAAAGUCCAAGAACUAAGCCUAGAAAGUCCACAGUUGGGACGCUUUAUGCUGUUGGAGGAAUGGAUAACAACAAAGGUGCUACAACUAUUGAAAAGUAUGAUCUCAGAACAAAUAUAUGGAUUCAGGCUGGAGUAAUGAAUGGCAGGAGGCUUCAGUUUGGUGUUGCUGUCAUCGAUGACAAGCUGUUUGUCAUUGGAGGCCGGGAUGGCUUAAAGACAUUAAACACUGUUGAAUGUUACAAUCCAAAGACCAAGGCUUGGACUGUGUUACCACCUAUGUCAACACAUAGGCAUGGCUUAGGAGUUACAGUGCUUGAAGGACCUAUUUAUGCAGUGGGAGGACAUGAUGGUUGGAGUUAUUUGAACACAGUUGAGAGGUGGGAUCCUCAAAGUCAGCAGUGGACAUUUGUGGCAAGUAUGUCAAUUGCCAGAAGCACUGUUGGAGUAGCAGCAUUAAAUGGCAAGUUAUAUUCAGUUGGAGGUCGGGAUGGAAGCUCGUGUUUGAGUUCAAUGGAAUAUUAUGAUCCUCACACAAAUAAAUGGAAUAUGUGUGCUCCUAUGUGUAAGAGAAGAGGAGGUGUAGGAGUGGCUACAUGUGAUGGGUUUCUUUAUGCUGUGGGAGGCCAUGAUGCUCCUGCUUCUAACCAUUGUUCUCGACUGCUUGACUAUGUAGAAAGAUAUGAUCCAAAAACUGAUACAUGGACAAUGGUGGCUCCACUAAGUAUGCCUCGAGAUGCUGUUGGUGUCUGUCUCCUUGGUGACAAAUUAUAUGCAGUAGGUGGCUAUGAUGGUCAAACAUACCUGAACACUAUGGAAGCAUAUGACCCACAAACUAAUGAGUGGACACAGAUGGCAUCCUUAAAUAUUGGAAGAGCUGGCGCCUGUGUUGUAGUCAUCAAACAACCAUGACUUUGUCAGCACUGCUUAGAAUUUUACUGACUGUGAAAUGAUUAUUUUUCUAUGAGACAAAGAGAAUGAUAAUUUCACAAGAACAAGGAUUUACACAGUGAAUACUCUGUUGAUCAGAAACUUGAAGUUUGAAAGUGAGAAAGAUUAAGUAUUUAUGUCCUAUAAAAUCAUAAAAACUGUUCACAGUCAGUGGACAAGAAAAAAAAAACAACAGAGUGUGUAGGCGUAAAUAUGUGAAUGUGGAGUAGUAAGCUCAAGUUCUCAUGAAUGUGUCCUGGAGAACUGGAUUAGCAAGGUAAAGCUCUAUACAAGGAGCAGAAAGGAACAUGAAAACAGUUUUUGUGGCUGCAAGAGAACUGCAGAAACAUAAAACUACAUUUAAUAAAUUUGAAACUGUGGUUUUUGAAAAAGAAGAGUUGAUAGUAAUAUAAUUUUUUUCUGUCCACAACCCUCAAAUGGGUUGUGGCCUUCUCAUUUAAAUGGGCAAUUUGAUUCUUACUGAAGGGAAGAGGUCAAAUGGUCUGGAUAUUCAUAAUGGCUGAGCUGUCACUUUAUAGUAGGAAUAAAAACAAAACUAAAAGUAAACUUGUUUUGUAUCUUCAGAUUGUACCUCCUUGCCAGUUUUAACACGUCUUAUAAAUUAAUCUACUGAAUGGGAAGACUGUGUGUUUAAUCAAAUAAUACAUAAAGCAAUCCUGUGGCUGCACUGGGGCUUUGUUGCAAAUAUUGGAGUCAAAAGAACAGUUUCCUAAUUCUUUCUUAGUCUUAUAUUCAGUUUAAGCAUGUGGGCUCUACUCUCUUUGUUUAAUGCAUUCUUCUGCAUGUUAGAAGCUCAUGACAAGCUGAAAAAUUGAUAUUGUUCUUUCAGUGCAUCAUGUAUCAGAUGAACCCUGACCAGAACAGUCUAUAGAACCUCCUCUAAUAUUUCAAGAGGGAGAAAAGUCCUACAUUUUAGUUCUUUCUAAUGCUCGCAAAUUUUACCUAACUAGAGCUGGCAAUUUAUGACUUUCCACUUAUGACUGAGAAAAACUGAGAAUAACUCCCAGUAGACAAUUCAGAAUAAAUGCAAGUGAAAUAAGGAAAAGUAUACCAUUUGAUCUAAUAAAGUUCAUAUGGUAAAUA